AUGUCAGCCGAGCCUAGCUUCGAAGCCUACACCUGGGGCCACCCGGGCCAGAUGCAGAUGAUGCCUGGCCUGGUGCAGGCCCCCAGCCACGCCCUGCCCUUCGGCAACGGGUCCAUUGUGGACAAGGUCCCACAGGACAUGUUGUUCAUGGUGGACCCCCACUGGAACCAGUUCCCGCCAUUGAACCCACUCAUGUAUUCCCUCCUCGCAUUCGUCAUCACCGUCAUGGGAUUCAUCAGCGUCGUUGGCAACUUUGUUGUCAUGUAUGUCUUCAUGUCCACGAGGAACCUCAAGACGCCGUCGAACUUGCUCAUUGUCAACCUGGCCUUCUCCGACUUCAUCAUGAUGGUUUUCAUGUUCCCCUUCAUGGCCAUUUCCAACUUCUAUGAGACCUGGGCCUUUGGCAAGUUUUUUUUCUUCUUUAUUUACUCAAGUUCACUCAUGUGUGAGAUCUAUGCAUUUGUGGGCUCCCUGUCAGGCUGCAUGUCCAUCUGGUCCAUGGCCAUGAUUGCAGUGGACAGGUACAAUGUGAUUGUCAAGGGCAUUGCUGCCAAGCCCAUGACCUACAAGAAAGCCCUUGGCAUGAUCCUGUUUGUGAACACAGCCUCCCUGGUGUGGUGCACGCUCCCAUUCUUUGGAUGGAACCGGUAUGUGCCUGAGGGCAACAUGACUGUGUGUGGAACAGACUCCAUGUCAGAGGACUGGGUCAGCCGCAGCUAUGUGAUUGCAUAUGCUGUCUGGGUCUACUUCUUGCCUCUCCUCACUAUCCUCUACUGCUACUUCCAGAUUGUGAAGGCUGUUGCUGAACAUGAGGAGCAGAUGAGGGAGCAAGCAAAAAAGAUGAAUGUGCAGAGCUUGCGUUCAUCAGAGGCCAACAAGACCAGUGCUGAAAUCCGCCUUGCCAAGAUCGCCAUGAUGACCAUUUCGCUGUGGUUCAUGGCCUGGACCCCGUAUCUGGUCAUCAACUUCCGCGGCAUUUUCAACAAGGACGCCGUGACGCCGCUGUUCACGGUCUGGGGCUCCUUGUUCGCCAAGUGCGCCGCCGUUUACAACCCCAUCGUCUACGGCAUCAGCCACCCCAAGUACAGAGUCGCCCUCUACGAAAAGUUCCCGUGCCUGGCUUGCCGCAACGACGACGACGACGACGUCGACGACGCGCGAUCCACCAACACGGAAAUCGCUGGCACGACUGAGAAGUCCGAAAAGGCGUAAACAUCAACAACACCCGACAAAAGAAGAUAUACAAAUAUUCGACGCCGAAUAUUUAAAUAAUGGAUCGAUGAAAAAGAAAGGAAAUCUUCAAGUGAUAUAUCGGUUUAUGCGACGAUGAUCGAUCGAGAGGGUUUACACUCCGACGAAAGACUUGCAAAACUAUAUUUCUCUAAAUUUAUUUCUGCUUCAUGUGUGUAAUUCUAUAUUACGUAAAAGCAGCUUUUCCUCUUGAAGUAUACGUCUUCAUCAUUGAAUAUGAUGGGAUUACACUUGUCCUGUUUUUUUUUCUUCUUCUUUAAAAACCGACUUGUGGAGAGUGAUGAUGAUGAUGAUGAGAAGAUCCGUUUUGUAUACGACGAAGUGAAAUUCGACGAAAUCGCCUUCCCUGUAAGAUGGAAUCGAGAAAAAAAUACCCUGCAUGCGAAAAAAAAACA